AUGGCAAAGCACCUCAUCGAACCGACGACUGCCCUCAACUGCCACUUCUCUGCCCGAGCCAUAGAUCCACGCGGUCUCUCGCCGGCUCUCACCUGCGGCCCCCGCGGCAACCGGACCCUGAGCACGGAGGCCAUCCUCGCCGUAAAGGCCCUGAAACGCGACGCAGCCUCCGGCAAUGAGCCCAGCAUCGUCUCCUCUGACCUUGCCCGCCUCAUGAAGGUCGACCUCCUGGCCGUCCUGGCGGAGCUUCAGCGCCGAAAUCAGUGGCGCCUAACCGUGAAAGCCUUCGGCACCGACCGCCGGGAGCCGUGGUACCGGCACGACCUCGCCCUCCACGCCGAGAUGAUCACCACCUUGGCGAGGUGCAGAUUUUGGGAUGAAAUUGAUGCGUGGCCACCGAUCUGCUACAGGGUGACGAUGGGUGGAUCUCCUCGGAGGAUACCAAGGGAAUUUCUCGGUUCGUUAGGCCUUUAA